AUGGCCAGCGCUGAGGUAAGCACCACCAUAGUCAGGUCAUUAAGGGACACGGAGGAGCCACCGACGGAGCCCAAAGACGGCUCCAAACACAACGGAAUGGUCAUGGCCAGCGCUGAGGUAAGCAUUACCAUAGUCAGGUCAUUAAGGGACACGGAGGAGCCACCGACGGAGCCCAAAGACGGCUCCAAACACAACGGGAUGGUCAUGGCCAGCGCUGAGACAAGAAUACAAGCUUUGAAAGCGAAAAUAAAAGAAUUGGAGAAGAAACAGAAUGGAGCUUCAGAGUCAAAAUGCCUGAUCUGUCUCGGUGCCUACGUGUCGCCUGCCGUCUCGAUACAAUGCUGGCACGUGUAUUGUGAGGUUUGCUGGCUUCAAUCUUUAAAAGCGAAGAAGAUAUGCCCUCAAUGUAACGCCAUCACCACAUCACAACACCUCCGAAGGAUAUACAUGUGAAUAUACAACUGUAUAGUGUAUACUGUAUAACGUGAGUCCAGAGACAAAAGUAGAGAAAAUAAAAUUUUGUACAUUUUAUUGGUAUCACGAGUAAAGGUGUGUUCACAUUGAUGUGGGGCGUACGCCCUUUGUAUGACACUGACCCAACUGUGUAGCGAGUGUGCUGUAUAACAUGAGUCCAGAGACAAAAGUAGAGAAAAUGAAAUUUUGUACAUUUUAUUGGUAACACAAGUAAAGGUGUGUUCACAUUGAUGUGGGGCGUACGCGGGGCGUACGGCUUUUGUAUGACACUGACACAACUGUGUAGUGAGUGUGUACUGUAUAACGUGAGUUCAGAAACAAAAGUAAAAUAAAAAAUACAAUUUUGUACAUUUUAUUGGUAACACGAAUAAAGGUGUAUUCACAUUGAUGUGGGGCGUUCGGGCUUUAUAUGACACCGGUGUGUGUCUCAUACAUUGACAUCCACAAUGUCAAUGUCAACGUGAAAUUGUAAACUCCGUCAGUUUAUAAUAUAACGAGUAAGAUUGUAAAGUAACAGUGAGCUGGGUUAGGUUAUAUUGCAAACUGUCGUAGUGAAGGCUUUGGGCGGAAUCCCACAGUUCCUUCCCACUUUAGGCGAAUAACGGAGCACCCCGGGGUCUUUUUAGUGGGUAUGCCGUGUUUUCUGACUUCGUGAGCCCCACAUAACCUAUCCGGUCCCCGCAUGUACGCAU